AUGACUUCUUCAGAAGACCUUUAUGCAAUCUCCGCUGACUGGCUCAGAAGCCUAGAGGUUGCAUCAUCUACCGGAGAUUCUAAGUCAUUCGUAAGCCAUUUCCUUUCGGACGGGUGGUUCAGAGAUCUUCUAUGUCUCUCUUGGGAUUUUAGGACGCUAUCAGGUUCGGAAAAAAUACACGGAUUCCUCUCGGAGGUGAUUGAUGGAAAGCCGCGACUUGAGCAUUCUGGUCUUCGUGACUUCAAGAUAGACGAUCACACCGCCAAUGCGCCUUCACCAUUCACACUGCCAGGUCCACAAGACAUUGAAGGAGUGCAAGGUGCUUUCACAUUUACCAUUGCGAAACCGGCUGCACUCGGACGAGGUUUCUUCCGUCUGACGCAAGAUGCAAAUGGGAAGUGGAAGGCUUUAACUCUUUUCACAAACAUGCAGGACCUCGUUGGGCACGAGGAGUCUUUUGCAGAUCAACAUGGACUGUAUGAGGGUCGAGAAAUUACCUGGGAAGAGGAUGUUGAUACAAAAUUCCGUGCUAUAGAGGCGGACCCCACUGUUUUGAUUGUUGGUGGUGGGCAAUCUGGCCUUACGUCUGCAGCGAGGUUGCGUAGGUUGGGCAUCCGUGCGCUUGUGAUCGACAAAAAUGCGCGCGUCGGAGACUCCUGGCGACAACGGUACCCGACCCUUAAGCUGCAUACUCCUACAUAUCAAAGCUCCAUCCCUAUCCGUAUGUAUCUUCCGCUGUUCAACGAUAUCAUCUAUCUCAGUGAUGCUAGGACAAACUUCCCGAACUACAUUCCUAAGGGGAAACUUGCUAAUUUCAUAGAUUCGUAUGCUAUGAAUCAGGAAUUGUGUAUCUGGCACUCGACUAGCCUAGUCUCAACUCCAGUGUACAAUUCAUCGUCCGCAAGAUGGACCGUGGAAGUCCAACGUGGAGACCGGAAAGUAAUCGUUAACCCGAAGUACCUGGUACUUGCUACCGGAAGCGGAAGUCCUUACACUCCUACUUGGAAUGGAAUGGAUGAAUUUCAAGGAGCCUUGUAUCAUUCCGACUUUCAUAAAGACGCAGAGCAAUUCAGAGGCAAACGCGUUGUCGUUGUGGGUGCAGGUAAUGCUGGUGCAGAUAUAUGUCAAGAUUUUGUGGCGCAUGGCGCUACUGAGGUAACAAUGGUCCAAAGAAGCGCUACAUGCGUUAUAACUUCAACUACCGCAGAGAAAACCCACUUCAAGCUGCCUUUACCUGACAGUGCCCCUAUUGAGGAAGUGGAUUUCCACAAUAAUUCAAUGCCUCUGGCCUUGCUCCUGCAACUGCACAUCGCAGGUUGGACACAACACAUGAAGAUGCUCGAUAAGGAAUUCCACGACGGUUUGCGCAAGGCUGGAUUCAACUUAACUUGGGAACUUUCGCCCGGCAGUGGCGAGGUUGGGCUGGACGGAUUUCUGUUCACCCGCCAGGCGUCAGGAACCAUGAUUGACAUUGGCUGUGGCAAGCUAAUCAUCGAAGGCAAAGUCAAGAUCAAGCAAGGCCAGGAAAUCAGUCACUUCGAUAAAGAUGGAAUCAUGUUUAAAGACGGCUCCAAGCUUUCAGCAGAUGUUAUCGUCCUAGCUACAGGAAAUGAACCCAUCAUGAAGACUGCGAGAACUCUUCUUGGCAAUGAGAUCACCGAUCGACUUCUUCCGCAGGAGGUAAUGGGCCUUGACUCAGAGGGAGAACUUAAUCAGACAUAUCGUCCCUCUGGACAUCCGGGACUUUGGUUUGCCUCUGGUGCAUUUUUAUUCUCGCGUUUCUUCAGUAAACACCUGGGUCUCCAGAUCUUGGCAAGAGAGCUCGGUGUAGCAUGA